CAACGCACUCGAACAAGCAAGAACGUCCGGUGUGUUUGAAGAAGUAUCAUGUUAUGGUGACAAUAUGGAGGACUUAAACAUUAUAACUAUUACACAUUUUGUGAAUCCGCAUCAGUUUUGGUUCCGGGAUGGUACCACCGAUCGGGGAAAACAGUUCCUUUCGGAGCUGAACAAGUACUGCAUGGCAAUGUACGCCACCUCCGGCCCUCAAGAAUUCUACGAAUACGAAUACGAUGCAGGAGAGAUAGUAGCCGUUUACGAUUCGGCUCUCAAAAACUGGACUCGCAACCUUGUGGUGGGUAUGAAAGCGCUAGAACACCAAAAACGCACGUAUCAACUAUGGUCGCUCGACGAAGGUAUGCCAAAAAUGGCCGCGGCAAAGGACAUGAGGUCGUUGCCUGCAAAAUUUACUAAAGAGCCUAGCGUCGGUGUGAAGCGAGGAGUACUGCAAGAUGUUCUUCCGGUAAACGAAAUUUUGCUUCCCACCGAAUCACGUCGUUGCCAAAUAGUGUCGGCAUCCUGGGACAAUAGCAUCAAUUCGGCGUUGCAGACGUUGAUUGCGGGUGCAAAACAGACAUGUUUCGAAAAUGUUACCUGCCGUAAGACCAACGGCGAGGAGAUUUAUUAUGGCGACUUACGGAUAAUCUCAGGACAGAAUUCUGUGCUUGCAAAAGACUUUAUAAAAAAUCGCUGGCCCGGUUUGGUCGUUAUAGUGGAUCAGUGGCAAGCCCAAUUGCAAGACAAUAACGCACCGAAUAAGCCAAUCGUCGUAUCAUCAAGUGAAGAUGUAAGAAAAAUGAAUCCAAACAUAGUUGAACAGCGCCAAGGCCAAUUGCAAGACAAUGACGCACCGAAUAAACCAAGUAUCAUCAAAUCAUCAAGAGAAGACGUGAGAAAACGGAAUCCAAAAGUUCCUGUUAACAUUGGAUUGCAAGACGAAGGGGAUCUCACGAUAAUGAACAAUGCAUCAAUUAUGGUGAAUACCUCCUUCGAUUACAAGCGUAAUUCGGACAGUUCAAAUACCGGCACGAGCUCCGCUAAUGUAACAAUCGAUUCAAUGACCAGCAGUAGUGACACUCCGUCUGCAACAGCGGAACAGCAAGAGAUCUCCAUUGUAGUGAACCCUUAUGCAAUCCUUAGCAAAACAAUGGCGCCAGUCCCCGCCCCAAUGCCCGAUGUGUCCGCUAUGAACGCAUUGUUAAGCCAGAAACAAUUAGUCGACACUGACAACGCUAAAAAAAAGAGCACGUUUCAAAAGAAACUUGAACGUAGGAAUCGUCUCAAGAGUAAACUCGAAAAUCAGCCAGACGUACAAAAGCCCGCAGCGAUAGUAGUUCCUUCGGCUACGGAAUCGAAUGAAUCUAAACUCCCGACAGUUGAAGAGAUGCCUCACAGCAGCCCAGCAGAUAAAGAUGCAUCGGAAGAGAAAGACACGGAAUCUCCAGCCCUGACCACCGAACUGACUAGUGGGGACAUAAAACGAUUCGAUAAAAUGUUAAACAAAGAGACGUGCGUGGUAUCACAAUUGCGGUAUCAGCGCAUCCUGGUCCAUGGGUCAAACCUGCCGAAUCCGGUCGAUACCAUCGCGAAGGUUCACUUUUCUGACGCCGUGUUCCACGCACUGCAGCAGCUUGGCAUCCGAAUGGUGUACCGGCUGCAGGCACACACCUGGCCCCACAUCAUCCGUGGCAAUUCGGUUGUGUGUGUGAACUCUCCCGGUAGUGGAAAAACGUUCGGCAUCUUGCCGGCCAUUUGUACGAAGGUUAUGAUAAACAUGCAAUGUGACUUCAUACCGUUUGAAUCCGGCCCGGUUGGUGUCAUCAUCUGCCAUUCGUCGAAAGAGGUCGAGAGAGUUGGUAAACUGUGUCGAAAGAUGCUCAAUACGGUGGCAGAUGCGAAAAUGGUUGUGAUCGAGUUCUACGGCAUUCGUCGACUGCAGCAAGUUUGUAAUAAAUUGCUCAACUCUUGUGCCCUCUUGGUGACGACUGCCCCCGGCUUCCGGCGGAUUCACGAAUCUUCAUUGGAAUCGUUGUCGCGGAAGCGCAUCCAGAUCGUUGCGAUCGACAACAUCGAACGAAUGCAGAAGCACUUCUCCAACGAACUGCAGCUACUGCGCAAAUACUGCGACAAGCCUGACCUGCAAAUGAUCGUAACGGCCAGCUACUGGUACUCGGCGCUGUCCGCUUACACGCAUCGGUACAAAAAUUCGAUCGUCUGUAUCGGCGCGUACCUGGAGGCAGCAUUCUACGCGAGGGUUCACUUUAAGCUGCUGGUGCGACGCAAUGGGACCGACAAGCAGCACGCACUAGUCAGGCACAUCCAAGAGCACGACUAUCGGACCCAGCGCACGAUCGUGUUCGCUAGCACUGCGGAAGAUUUGGCUGCGAUCGUCGAAACCCUCCAGGAGCACUGCAUAAACCAUGAGGUGUGCGGUGACGGUGCCGACAUCAGCAAGAACGAUGGAUUCCGCUUCUGGGAUCACCAUGCGCACGGCAACAUUUCCGUGCUCAUCUGCCUCGACGAACUGAUCGGCCUGCUGGACGUUUCGCACGUGCAGCACAUUUUGCACUACUCGCUGCCGAGCUCGUGGACGUCCUUUACGCGGCGCUUCGCAACGUCGUUCAGCUAUUACGAGACCCACACUCCGAAGACGGCGGACGACAUAGCGGGCAAAUCUGGAACAACCAAACCGUCGGCGAAACCCUCGACGCUGGUGCUGCUGGACGAAACCAACAACAGCCAGCUGCCAAAGUUCAUCGACUUUUUGCAGCUGCACAACAUAGCAUUCUCGCAGGAGCUGGCAGAUUUGGCGCAGACCAUUCGUAGCCGGAGCGAACACAUGCAGGUCCUCAAUGGGCGACCGAUUGUAACGUUGUGCUCGAAACUGCUGACCCUAGCCGGUUGCCGGAACUCCCAGCUGUGCGUCUAUCGGCACACACUGAUGAAGGACGAUCUCAUAACGGGUGGGUUGCCAACGAGUGGCACGAUUCGAAUGAAGAUACUGCACGUCAUCUCACCGGCCCAUUUUGCGGUCCGCCUCGAGGCACAUCAAGUGGAAUCGGCGAAAGGAGGUGGUGGUGGUGAUGGUGGUUGGGUGCCACUGACCGAUGCCUCGCAAAAGUUUCUCGCGCAGGACAUGCUCAUGCAGUUACACUUUUCAAACGCACAACUACACCAGCUGUACGGAAAGGCGAUACAGCGGAGCGAUCUCUGUGCACUGGCGUAUGAAAACAAUUACGUUCGCUGUCGGAUUAUUCAUUUCGAACCGGAAGGCGACUCUACGACCGAUGGCGAAGUAGAGCUGCGGCUCAUCGAUACCGGCCGGAUUGUGCACACCAAUACGUGCAACUUGCUAAGCCUGCCGGAACAGUUCCACGCGCUACCCGAGCAGGCAAUCGACGUCCGUAUUGCUGGCGUCGUGCCGCACGAUUUCGAGGAAGAAUGGGACGAAUAUUCGACCCAGUACGUACAACGGAUGCUCGAUGAGCACGUGAAAGACCAACCCACCAACCGGUACAUCGAAGGGAAGGUGCUGCUGACGCUACGCGACAUGAUCUGGAUCGAGGAGCUGAUGUUGGUCGAAGCGCUCGAUGCUGUAAAGAGCCAGGUGGUUUCCGCGAAGGUGAAAUCGGCCAUCGUGUCCAACCAGUUCGGUGUGAAGGACAGUUCGUUGUUCGAACGAAUCGAGCAGCUCGUGGUGAAGGCGGUGGAAGAUUCACGCUGCAGUGUGGCACGCUCUUCGGAAGACGAUGACGCCGAGAGAGAAAGAUCGGACAGCAUUUCCUCAACCAGCUCGUUCGAAGUGCUGUCACCCACGAAGGACCCCGGGCGGUACGGUUUCGAAACGCUGCAAAAGGGCUUCCAGUACUACGUUACGAUAGGAAGAUACUUUGCCCCGGAUUUUUUUUAUGUUUACCAACUGGAAAAAAUGGCGAUUAUUGAGCAAAAAAUUAAUGCAUACACGGCCAAAAAUCGGAGGCUCAAACCACUGACACAGUAUGCGGUCGGAGUGUACUGCUUCGUGCGCCACGAGGGCCGUUAUCGUCGGUGUAAAAUCAUGCAAGUACCCGAAACGGCUCCGGUCAUCGUUUUCUUGCUCGAUUUCGGUGGUACGAUCGAUUGUGACCGGGAGUCAUUGUUUAUGAUACCGUCCCAUCUGGUGCGGGAUCUUCCGUUUGCUGCCAUCGAGGCGUCAUUUGGCUACAUUCUACCGCCUGAGGGUAGCAGCUGGACCGAAGAUGCUGGAUACGCCGUGUUUGACGAUGUGCUGGAAAAGUACAAUGAAAAUCCGGCCGGCUUGAUUGCGCACGUCUGGGGGAAGGCCGGGUCGAGUCGUGCCGAGCUUCCGGUCGAUGGUUGCAAUCGGUACGAGCUCCUGUUGGCCAAUCCGGACGAGCCGGAUCCACAGUCCAUCGUAAGUGAGUUGAUCCAGCUGAAGCUGGCCAUGUUCGACGGCGGUAGGUAUGAACGCGACCGUGAGUUAGAGAGUGACGACGAAUCCAUGGACGAGUCGUUCGUUCAGGUAAACUUUACCUACGACGAGGUGAAGGCAAUUUUAUCCAAUCUAACCAGUGGUAAAUCUGUUGCUCCCGGUAAAUCAUCCACCAGUUCCAUCGUGGAGGUGCCGGUAAGCGACCAGCAGGGCAGCGGUAGGUCGCGGAGUCGGCCGGUUGCAAUAUCGACUGACACAAACAACACAAAAACCAACACCACCACCGCCACCGUGGAACCGAAGCCGAGCGAAAUUGUCGGCCCACUAAUAACACGUCAGCGGUCUCCGCACACCCGUUGGCGACAAGAUGCCCGUUUGAUCACGCUCUUUGUCUCCGCACCGGAUGUGUCCAACUACGAUCUGUUCGUGAACAACCACUCGGUUCGAUUACAGUUUGAGCGAAACGGCCUUGCCUAUCUGUUGUCUUUCCGCCUGUUCGGCCCGAUCCUCCCGGAAGCCACCGAGCACGAAAUACGUGGGCUGUCGAUCAUGAUACGUUUGGCAAAGUUCCCUGGCGCGAACUGGUGGUGGCCCCAUUUGACCAACCAUACCGACAAGAUGCCUUGGCUGAAGUUAGCAUCGGCCUCCCACUCCGAUGCUGAAUCGUCCGAUGAGACGAGUCCGGUUAACAAUUGGGACAAUUUGUUACCCUGCAGACUGGACGGGGACUACAAUUCGAGCAGCACAGAGGCGGAAGAUGACGAUAUGGGACUGCUUCAAUAUCCAACAGAGGAAGAUAUAUUCUACCGUUCAUAGUGAUCCUUCAGCUUCCGCGAUUGUUCGAAAACAACUUUCCAUUAGGUGAUGUAUGAAAUUGUGAAAUCAAUGUUAAGCUAGUUUGUAAGUGAUAACGAGGUUUCAUGCCAGAAAUAAAACGAGCUAUGUAACGAUUUUUGUAAAUGUUUGUUGUAUAAAAUAUUCUUCACUCUACGUACUUAAAAUUCGCACAGCCAUAUCCCUACAGAUGGCUCAAGAAGAACACGACCAAAUUAACAACUAGAUUCCUCCUUCAACUGUAAGAUCAUGUAUACGGCGUAUUACGGGAUUUAGUGCGAGGGAGGAACUCUCAAAGAACACACAAUCCACGCGUUGCGGGCAGAAUGUUCCACUAAUAAAACCUACAAGU